GCACACUUUUUUUUUCCUGUAGCACCCGAAAGCUUUUUUACUUGACAGUUUUCUCUUGCUCGUUUGCUGCUCUAUUGAUUGUUUCCAUUGACGUGUUCUUUUUGAGCUCUUUGUGGUAUGGUUCUUGCCUUCCUUUCAUGCACUUCUUCUGAAUUUGAUCUCCUUGUCUUUCCUUUGAGCUUGUGGUGAGUGUUUGUUCCCUCGUGAAAAUUCAGAAACCACCUCAACUUUUACAUUUGCAACUUUGCUUGCUGUUGAUGGGAUAGAGGAUCAGUGGUCAAAUAUGUCAUUCGUUAUCACCAUGAACCUGGUUUUGUUGCUGUCAACUUUCAUUCUCUUUAUUGGAGUGUUUUCAGAAGAGACUUUGAAGCCUGAUGUUGUGAAUGUUGGAGCUAUUUUCUCAUUUAAAACUAUUAAUGGGAAAGUUGCAAAGGUUGCAAUGAAGGCUGCUGAGAAUGAUAUCAACUCUGAUCCAAGUAUUCUUGGUGGAAGGAUAUUGUCUAUAACAAUGCAUGAUUCUAACUUCAGCUCAUUUCUUGGCGUUAUUGGAGCAUUACGGUUUAUGGAGACUGAUAAAGUAGCAAUAAUUGGUCCACAACAUGCUGUGAUGGCCCACGUUCUAUCACAUCUUGUAAAUGAACUCCAUGUUCCACUAUUGUCAUUCACGGCCCUAGAUCCCAGCCUAUCACCUCUCCAGUACCCUUUCUUUGUUCAAACAGCACCUAGUGAUGAAUUCCAGAUGAUUGCCAUUGCUGAGAUAGUUAGUUAUUUUGGUUGGGCUGAAAUAAUUGCAGUUUUUAGUGAUGAUGAUCAGAGUCGAAAUGGUAUAAUUACCUUGGGGGAUAAACUUGCACAGAGACAUUGCAGAAUUUCUUAUAAAGCUGCACUUCCGCCAGACCAAAAAGCAAAAAGAAGUGAUGUUUUGAGAGAAUUAGUUAGGGUUCAAAUGAUGGAAUCUAGAGUAAUUGUUCUGCAUACUUUCUCAAAAACAGGUCUCUUGGUCUUUGAAGUGGCCAAGAGCCUAGGAAUGACGGAGAAAGGAUAUGUGUGGAUAGCUUCCACUUGGCUGUCCACUGUUCUAGAUUCAUUGUCCCCUCUUAAAUCAGAGACAGCAAACACAAUCCGAGGAGCACUUACACUUCGCCCUCAUACACCUGAUUCAAAAAGGAAAAGGGAUUUUCUGUCACGUUGGAACCGGCUCAGUAAUGGUUCCAUUGGGUUUAACCCUUAUGGUCUAUAUGCCUAUGAUACUGUUUGGAUGGUUGCUCAUGCAGUAAAGUUGUUAUUAGAUCAGGGCGGCACCAUUACAUUUUCCAACGAUACAAGAUUAAAUGGUCUUGAAGGGAGGACUCUAAAUCUUUCUGCUUUAAAUGUAUUUGAUGGAGGGAAGCAGUUGCUUAAGAACAUACUGGAGACAAAUAUGACUGGUCUGACAGGCCCUGUUCAGUUUAAUCAAGACAGAUCCCUAAUAAAUCCUUCGUAUGACAUUAUUAAUGUGGUUGAAACAGGGUAUCGACAGAUUGGAUACUGGUCUAACUACUCCAGUCUUUCCAUAGUGCAACCAGAGACGCUUUAUAGUAAGAAGGCUAAUCGUUCUAGUUCAAAUCAACAAUUAGACAGUGUGGUAUGGCCUGGAGGAGAAACAACAAAGCCUCGAGGAUGGGUUUUUCCAAACAAUGGGAGAGAAUUAAGAAUUGGAGUUCCAAGGCGUGUUAGUUACAGAGAUUUUGUCUUUCUAGUCAAUGGCACGGUACAAGGAUAUUGCAUAGAUGUAUUUCUUGCUGCAAUUAGAUUUCUGCCAUAUGCUGUUCCAUACAGGUUCAUUCCAUUUGGAGAUGGCCGUAGCAACCCAAGCUAUCAUGAGCUUGUCAGUCAAAUCAAUUCUGGUGUCUUUGAUGGCGUGGUAGGUGACAUUAACAUUGUGACAGACCGAACAAAAAUAGUAGAUUUCACUCUGCCGUAUAUAGAAUCAGGGCUGGUUGUGGUAGCUCCAGUAAAAAAGAUAAGUUCGAGUGCCUGGUCCUUCUCACGGCCAUUUACUCCAUUAAUGUGGUCUGUCACGACAACAUUUUUCCUCAUUGUGGGAGCAGUUGUGUGGAUCCUUGAGCAUAGAAUAAAUGAUGAAUUCCGGGGCCCUCCUAAGCAGCAAAUUGUCACAAUUUUGUGGUUCAGCUUCUCUACAAUGUUUUUUGCCCACCGAGAAAAUACAGUGAGCAUGCUUGGACGCCUUGUGUUGAUUAUCUGGCUUUUUGUAGUUAUGAUAAUAAACUCAAGCUACAUUGCAAGCCUGACAUCAAUCCUCACGGUGCAACAGUUAUCAUCACCCAUCAAAGGAAUUGAUACCUUAAUUAGUAGCAAUGAACCUAUCGGCUUCCAAGUUGGGUCUUUUGCUCAAGACUAUCUAAUUGAGGAACGGCAUAUUCCAAAAUCUAGACUUGUUCCACUUGGCUCACCUGAAGAAUAUGCCCUUGCCCUUGAGAGGAGAACAGUAGCUGCUGUAAUUGAUGAGCGACCAUAUGUCGACCUCUUCCUCUCACACAACUGUGAAUUCUCAAUUAUAGGCCAGGAGUUUACCAAAAGCGGAUGGGGAUUUGCAUUUCCUAGAGGCUCUCCAUUAGCCAUUGACAUGUCUACUGCCAUUCUUGCUCUAUCUGAGAAUGGUGAGCUUCAGAAGAUUCAUGACCAAUGGCUGUCAAAAAGGCCUUGUAGUUCUGAGAGUUCUGAGGCUGAUUCAGAACAGCUUGACUUACAAAGCUUCUGGGGAUUAUUCCUUAUAUGUGGAAUUGCAUGUAUUCUCGCUCUCCUUUUGUACUUUUGGUUGAUGUUUCGCCAGUUCAGCCAGCACCAUCCAGAGGAACCUGAUCCUACCGGUCCUGGUAGCUGCCGUUCUGCUCGUCUUCAAACAUUUCUGUCAUUCUUUGACGGAAAGGUAGAGAAAUCCAAAAGCAGCUCAAAUAGAAAACGUAAGAGUGUGUUCUCAGUUGGUUAUGAUAAAGAAGAUGAAUCGACAUAUACAUCUGGGAGGAUAGAGGGGGACAUUUCCCUAGAAAGGCAGAAUGGUGAUACUUGCCCUAUUAAAUAACCAGUUCAAAAGAAUCGACUUCUGCUCCUUUAGGUAUACAUUUUCCUCCUUUCCUCUACUCUACCGGUCCUUUUAUGCUUUUCAGCUUGAUUCAAUCAUCUAUACAAAGGCAUAUACUUAAAAUGUAACAUAUGUAAUUAUCAUUCUUAAGAAAUAGUGUAAAAGUAAUAAUGUUUCUCGACUAUAAUACUCCACAGCUUAUAGAAUUGAUUACUGCAGUUCUUGAAUGCAA